UCCUUAUAUACACCAACAACGACGAAAUCGCUGAUCUUCUGAAGUGGUGGUGUCGAAUUUUUAUGGGAGCUAUUGACUCCAUGGAACCAUCAGAGUGUAUCUCCAAACUGGCCCAUCUCGAGAAGGAGCUUAAGGACCAUCUCUUCCAACUUGUUGACAUCUUGCCUUCCUGUACGGUCUGCUAUAUGAGAAGCUGGGGGGAUGGCCCCUUGAUUGAACACUGGAAUCUUUUUGCUCGCGAGCUGCAGAUCCACCAGCCUAACCCAAAGGAGUUCGUGUCGGUUCCCACUGCGACGAUCAACAAUAUCAUCGAAGCGUUGAAAUUCAACCCGGACGCCAAAAAUCUCGUGGAUGAGCUGCAUAAUCACCUCGAUACAGCUGCAGCUCUACUAUCACGAGGUACUUGCAACAUAUAAAAUGGUGAUGCUGUCGUCUUUGCCAAUUUGAAGUGUAAAUGUUACAUUAAUUUAUAUUUUUUAGCAAAACUCCAACAACAUCCAGAUCCGAAAAACUUUUGGUUAACGGAAGAGAAAAUGGCCGAGAUCGCCCACCGUGAGAAAAACCUGCCCUUGGCUCUCAAAAAGGUGGAUGAAGGAUCGGAGUCCGUGCUUGGUGCAGCCAGAACUCUGCAGCUUAAUAGACAAACUCUGAAAAUUAAAAUGAAGCAAGCAGGGGUUAAGUCGCAGUUCAAAAGUGGGGGGCAACUGAAGACUGGUAAACCCGACUCGCUGGACGAUGCGUUCGAGUUGGCGUCGACACGUGUAGUUGGCGUAGCGGAUGUAGCAAGGAGCAAAGGAGUAAAAAGGACCACACUCGCCAUGAGAAUGAGUAGAGCUGGAAUCAGGUCAUCUGUUUCCGUUGGACGCCAACCCAGUUAUACAUAUUCACAGGAGGACAUGGAUGAAGCCAUUAGAAUGUGUGAAGCUGGCGAGAUGGCCCCAAAAGAAGCUGCUAGUCAUUUUAGCAUCCCAUCUGGUACCCUUGGGUCAAGAAUGUUUAGACGAAAGCAACAGCAAAGAAAAUAAGACCGAUUAUUACCACAAGUCCUACAAAUUCGAUAAUCUCAUAAGGGUUUUCCCCAUUACCCAUACAACGACUCGACAUUGUUGAUGCUAUUGACGGCAGUAAUAUCUGCACUCUAAUUUAGAAAUGGAGGAUAGAAAAAGUUGUACUCUUAUAAAUAAUAAUAAUACAUUUCAGGUAUACAUUUGUAUUGUUGUAUACAUUUUUUUGAUUUAAUGGCCAACUUUUAAUUGGACAACCACUCGUUACUAAUGGAAGGCAAGCUUUCAUCGCCGCCACUUUCCCCUCGUCCUCUCGUCGCUAUUUCAUUUUGUUUUAUAUUUCAGACGCAGGGAA